AUGGAGAAAGCACUGCAAGCUUGCGGUGACACUAUUACACAGAUGAUCGGACAGUUUUUAGGCGGCCAGUCAAAUCACAAGCACACCCAGAUCACGCCAGCCCUGAGCAACCUGAAGAAGAUGCUUCUGCAGCACGACCUGGCGUAUGAGCUUGUCAUACCAGCGCAAAGCUUGAAUUGUCAUUUUCAAACUCGGCACGGUAUCGGAGUUGACAGCGACGCAGUGCACAAGUUACUCAACAUGAUUCUUUCAAUUGGGUUUGAUAUUGAAAAGACUCGUGAAUCUGUAUGUUUCGAGGUCUCCAAAGACCCAUCGAAGUUCAAGAAGCAAGUAGAGUUCAACAAAACACUUGCCACAUCGAGCAGUGGAGGGCUUGCAGAUGUGAACCCUGCAGACUGCAAGUAUUUGACCGUUGCUGGCAGCCACACGUUACAGCUGUUGCGGAAGCCCUGCACCGAGGGGUACACGUGGUUUGUGAUCAGGGCCGAGGUCGAGGAGGCGUUCCCAGAGCUGCCGACGCUGUUCGUGGAGGGCGGCAACGCGGACCACGGGACGAGCACCACCCAGUCGAAGAUCCAAGCACUCUUGCAAGUUCACGGCAUGGGCCAGAGGAAUUUGCUGAGUUGCCAAAGCUACAAGUGGAAAGAGAUCGAGCAGGCGAUGGAGAAGACAAAACCACAUUUGCGCGGCCAAGUUGGCGACAUGAUCGAGUUUCUGAAAGUGUACAGCGGUGGAGACAAUGCACCGUUGCUGCAAGACGUCGCUGCCUAUGCGAAGUGCGUCGGGGAUAAGAUGCGCGACGUGCAUGGGACCACGUUCAAGAUGCUAUCACAGGUGCCGUUCCUACAGGGACCUACCUUCAUUGGCGCAUGCGUGAAAGCAUGCAUGGUGUGCCCAGCGCAGUACGUCAAGAACGGGGUUAGCAAGCUCAUCAGCAGCUCCGACUUCUCCUCGCUCAGCCAGCCCGCCAGCAAGCUGAAAGCCGACGCCCUGGAGAUUUGCACCGCCACGGAGGUCGCGGAGGCAUGGCUAUCAAAAGUACCUGGCAUCGACCCUGGAGUUUCGGCCAGGCUGAUCGGGGACAUGCAAGUGAUAUCAAUCAUGACGUGCCUCAAGAAAAAAUCGAAAUCCACGAAGAACUACGAGACACUGAAAGAGGUCCACGCGCAGUUCAUGGUGGAUGCGCGGGCGGCGCAGCCGCAAUGCAUGGAGGUUAAGCCGACUCCGUUCGAGGCCGAGGCCGAGGAGGACAUCAACGAGCGCAGGGCCGCGUCCGCUGGCGUCGUCCAGUUCUCCAAGGGCGGCACGCUGAGCGACCGCGUGAUGCAGAACAAUGGCCUCGUUGUUGGUAAGAGGGUGUGGCAUAAGACUGACCACAAGACGGUGCGCGUCAUCCAGAACCUCGAGAGCGGCAAGGCCACGCUCGUGAGCCAUGAGUGGUGGGACGAGGACAUGCGUCGGCGGAAGCAGAAGACGUCCAGCACGCCUUUGGAGAAGAUGGAGCUGGUCGUGUCUUUCGGCUGCGUGGUGGACGAGUGGGAG